CACCAUUUUUCAAAAGAGGAAUUGUCUGGCUUGAAAAUUGGUCUUGGUUACAGAAAGAUCAGAAAAUCAACAGAAAAUGUGUCAGAAAAUGCGCAUACCAGUCUCAUCAUCGACCAGGGAAAAGACUCCCUGUCAGAACAGUCUCAAUCCCAAAUCAGUACAAAUUUGACAGUUACCUCUGUUGAUUCCAAUGUUAAAGGAAAAGCCAGCAUAAUUGCCAAAAGAAAAAAUAAAUGCCCCACUCAAAACUCCCUUACAGUUGCCAGCACUGACACCUCCAGGACUGUGGAAGCGUCACAGAAAAAUGUAGUAAAUCUUGAUGGGCUUUCAGCUACAAAUAUAAAACUAGAAAGCCCCUCUCUGACUGAAGAGAAUUGUGUUAUUGAAUUAAAUGAGCCAGCUAUAUUUGCAGUGCAAGAGCUGAGUGGUGGAAGUCCGUAUCUCUUUGACACACUUAAUGCUCCAGACAAAAGAACAGAAUAUGCAACUCCACAAUCUAACAGAGAAAUUGAGACAAAUUCAAAUGUGAUGGUUGAUCUUAAAGAGAAAGCUAAAAUGCCAGUAGACAAUAUCGAUUUUGGUGAUUCAGGUGAUGCACAAAUUAUGUACCGUCCAUACCGAUGUGUGCAUGAAGGAUGUGUGGCUGCCUUUUCAAUCCAACAAAAUCUUAUUCUCCAUUAUAGGGCUAUGCAUCAAUCAGAAUGUGAUGACAAAAACAGUGCUAAAGAAACUAAUGGAGUUGUCCAAGUGCAAGAAUACAGAUGCCAAGUCAAACAAUGCUCAAAAGUAGUGUCGAAAGUUACCAGUUUGUUGAAACACUAUCUUUUACUCCAUAGAUGCACAUUGGAAAAGGCAAGUGCAUUGUUAUCCGGUGUUGAGGUGGGCACGUUUCAGUGCGACCAGUCAAAAUGUUCUGCUCACUUCACGUGUCAUCUGAAGUACAUUGAUCAUAUCAGAAAUGAUCACAAAGCAAUAAAGGUUUCAGCGGAUGGGGACUUCGAGAGCGUGGACCUCACAUUCAGAUGUCAGUUCGAAGGUUGUGACAGGGUAUAUACAACCAAGUCAAACCUUCUUCGACACCUUAUGAAGAAACAUGAUGCUACUUUUGAAACUAUGAAAAAGAAACAAGAAAAUGGGAUUGGGAUUGGGGAUGAUGUUCAAGCAAAAAAGUUAAGUGCAGGUUCUAACAAUGGAAAAGAGAAUAUUGCAGAUAACAACAUUAAAAUGAAGAGGAAGAAUUCAAAAAAGAAAGAGGACAAGGCCCAGAACCAUUGGAUGAUGGUAGAAAAGCCUGCUCUUAAAUCCACCGAUGAAGCAUCUGCCUUGUGCAGUGAAAGACUUCCUUUACAGUACCCGUGCAUGAUUGAGA